AAAAUGGCAUUGGUAUCUGAAUUUUUGGGUCAUCUCACACUUGGAGGGGGGAGAGAAUCUCGGUUCCCAACAUUGGUACCAGCUGUAAAUUUUGAUCCAGAGAAGGAUGCAAGUUGGAUUGAUUCAGCCAUCAAAACCAAAGGUGUGGAUGAGGGCAUAAUCAUUGACAUCCUAACAAAACGCACCUACAGUCAGAGGAGAGAGAUUGCCUUCGAGUAUGAGAAGAGAGCAAAAAAGGAACUGGUUACUGCCCUGAAGGGAGCGCUGUCAGGCUCUCUAGAAAAUGUUAUUCUUGGCCUAAUGAAGCACACCGCACAUUAUGAUGCCUUUGAGCUCAGAGCUUCAAUGAAGGGUCUAGGCACUGAUGAAGAGAGUUUGAUUGAGAUGGUCUGUUCUCGUAGCAAUGAGGAGCUGAUGGAGAUUAAAAAAGUUUACAAGGAACUGUUCAAGAAGGACUUGGAGAAAGAUGUGGCUGGAGAUACGUCUGGGGACUUUUGUAGGUUGCUGCUAUCUCUAGUUGAGGCUAAAAGAGAGGAACCCAGCAACAUAGUGGACUUGGAAAGGAUUGACAAUGAUGCCAAAGCCCUCUAUGAGGCAGGAGUAAAGAGGAAGGGAACAGAUGUGGCCACUUGGAUAGCAAUUUUCUCUGAAAGGAGUGUGCCACACCUCAAGAAAGUGUUUCAAAGGUACAACAGCUACAGCCCAUAUGACAUAAAGGACAGCAUUCAAAAGGAGGUGAAAGGAGAUCUAGAAAAAUCCUUCCUUACAUUGGUGGAGUGCUUCGAAAACAAACAACUUUACUUUGCCAACAAACUCAAUGAAGCUAUGAAGGGUAAAAGCAUUAAGGAGAAGGUUGUGACUCGGAUCAUGGUUUCACGUUGUGAAGUGGAUCUCAUGAAAAUCCGCAUGGAGUUCAAGACGCAGUUUGGAAAAUCACUCUACCAGACGAUCUCGGAUCAUACAAAGGGUGACUACCAGAGAGCUCUGCUAAAUCUGUGUGCCGGAGAUGAUUAGCAAGAAAUGAUGGGAAAUGU